CUAUUGUGGCAUAUUUAUGUGACGUCGGUCUUCCACAUUUUCCAUUAUGUCGUAAAUGUUCACGUAUGUAGCUAGCUAUGUCUAGGGGUGAACACAUAUUUGCUGUUGUCACAUCACGGCUCUGUGACGGGCAGAUAUAUGGGUGGGUUCUUUAAAUGGAAAGUAUGACAGAGUCCCACCCCAUUCCAGUUUAGCUUAGUCAAAUCUGCUGCUGGUCAAAGAAUCACGUCCAUCCAGGAAGAGACUACAAGCAGACUAAACCAUGAGCUACCCUGGAUACCCCCCUCAGGCAGGUGGAUACCCACAACAGCCUGGGGCUUUUCCUCAACAACCUGGUGCCUACCCCCCUCAGCCUGGAGCAUACCCUCCCCAAGCUGGAGGCUACCCGCAGCAGCCAGGCGGUUACCCUCCUCAACCAGGUGGCUAUCCUCCACAGGCUGGAGGCUAUCCACCUCAGGCUGGAGGCUAUCCACCACAGGCUGGAGGCUAUCCACAGGCACCGCCACAAGGCAGCUGGGGAGGUGGCCCUGCUGGUGGCUAUCCCUCCAUUGGUCUUGACAGCUUAUCCAACCCUGGAUACAUGGCUGGCAUGGCCAACCAGAUCUCUGCUGUCAUGGGGGGGUUUAAUCAAAACCCAUCCAUGUUCGCCCAAGCCCCUGGGGGUCACCCACCUGCCACUCAGCCUGGCGGGUAUGGUUCCCCCAUCCCUAACCAACAGUCAUAUGGCCUGUACCCACAGCCAGGAGGGAACAUGCAACACCCCCAAGGCCCAGGGAUGGGCUACCCUGGUCAGCCUGGUCAACCUGGUCAGCCUGGUCAGCCUGGCCAGCCAAUGCCCGGGUACCCCGGAGCACCAUCACCAAACCCAUCCAUGCCUGGUUAUGGGGGAGCACCAGCACCUGUGCCAGGUUACCCACAGGCCCCUUCACCAAAUCCAUCCAUGCCAGCCUACACCCCAGGAGCCAUGCCAAUUGCUCCACCUGUCAACAGAGGAUUCAGGGGAACAAUCACGGACUUUCCUGGAGCUGACCCACUUAGAGAUGUGGAGGUCCUGAGGAAGGCCAUGAAGGGCUUUGGAACUGAUGAGCAAGCCAUCAUCGACUUACUGGGUAGUCGCUCUAACAAGCAGCGCGUUCCUUUGCUCCGGGCCUACAAAACUUCCUAUGGCAAGGAUCUGAUUAAGGACCUGCACUCAGAACUGUCUGGAAACUUUAGGAGUAUGGUCAUGGCCACAUUGAAGACCCCUUCUGAGUUUGAUGCCUCUGAGAUCCACAAUGCCAUAAAGGGAGCCGGAACUGAUGAAGCCUGUCUGAUAGAGAUCCUGUCAUCUCGCUCCAACGCUGAAAUCAAGGAGAUAAGCCGUAUUUACAAACAAGAAUACAAGAAGACAAUGGAAGAUGCCAUUAGUGGCGAUACUUCCGGCCACUUCCGCAGGCUCCUGAUCUCUCUCGCCCAGGGUAAUCGUGAUGAACGAGAGCAUGUUGACAUCUCUCUGGCUAAACAAGAUGCUCAGGCCCUGUAUGCUGCUGGAGAAAACAAGCUGGGAACAGAUGAAUCCAAGUUUAAUGCUAUUUUGUGUGCCAGGAGCAAACCCCAUCUCAGAGCAGUUUUUCUUGAGUACCAGCAGAUGUGUGGCAGGGAUAUCGAGAAGAGCAUCAGCAGGGAAAUGUCCGGAGACCUUGAGAGUGGAAUGUUGGCAGUGGUAAAGUGUAUUAAGAACACAGCUGCCUACUUUGCUGAGAGACUUUACAAGGCCAUGAAGGGAGCUGGGACCAAAGACACAACCCUGAUCCGGAUCAUGGUCUCCCGUUCCGAGGUCGACAUGCUGGAUAUCCGCCAGGAGUAUGUGAAAAACUACGGAAAGUCACUGUACACACACAUCUCUGGAGACACAUCUGGGGACUACAAGAAACUCCUACUGAAGUUCUGUGGGGGCAACGACUGAAAAGGAAAUGGGGACUACUACAAUAUAGAAAUGUUCUAUAAAUAUCAGUUUUCUGCCUUUAUCUAUAUGCACUAUACACAAACCGCAAACCUGCAUGCCAUACUAGUACUAUCAAUGCAAUGUUUACCUAGUUUUAAGAACCUUGUAUACUGUGUAUUGCUACAUAUUGUUUCUUUUCUAUAUACAGGAUGCACAACAAGGUUUUAUAUUUUUUCACUUGUUGCUGGAAAUUUGAGUUGAGUAUACAUGGCCAUACAAUAGAUUUAAAAGAGAUUACAUUUGGGUUUUUUUUAGAGCUAUAUAUUUUUAAGAUAUUUUAUAUCAAUUUUGCCAAUAUGAUCUGGAAUAUGGAAUAUGAUCUGGAAUGUGUAUCAGCUAAUUUUGUAAUGUUCAGCAAUGCUGAAUGAAUUAUGAGACAUAAAAUACAUAGCAGCUAAGUACCAAAGUUGUUUGUCAAUUUUUGCAAUUGUAUAAUCUCUUCUAUAUUUUGUUCUACACUAUUUCUUUAUUCAUCAUAGUUGUGCUGUAUUUGCAGCAAAUGCUUUAAUUUGUGUACGUAUACCUGUCGUAGCAUGUAAAGCUCAGGUAUCACAUUUCAUAAAUUGUUGGUAAUUUGGUCUUCAUGAGUGUCAGAAAAUAAAUAUUCAGAACGCA